ACCAGAACGAUUGACGUCAAGAGUAAAUACUACAACUUGUGAGUCAGCGAAAUUCAACACAAAAACUAGACAAUUUGUUGCAAGUAGAGUAGCAAGUUAGUUGAGGUACGUUGACUCUCUUCAAUUCUUGCGUGUCUGAACAUUAUUAGUUUUAAUUAAGCUUAAGUUUUGAUUAAUAUCGGCGUUAGAAAUCAUCUGAUUUUGAUGUAAGUGUUUUUAUUUUGAUUGAGUGAUAUAUUGCAUUGAUAGGCUGUCUUUCAUAGCUAUCUGAGGCCUUACUGUACUUGGUAGGAUUACGUACUCAAGAUUGCAUUGGCCAGGAUCAAUAUUGUGACUAUUAUUUUUUUUAAAAAAUUGUGACAUCUAAAGUGAAGUCUUUCCUGUACUAAGUGAUUAAAAUGGCAGCAAAAAUUUAAAACGGCAAUUUCUCGUUCAAAUUUUUUUUCACAAAUUUUUAUUCAUCUAGCAUAAGUUUAUUUAUUUUGCAAAGUUCUUUUCAAAAAACGUUUUUCAUUUUUGUUGUUAUUUUGGCAGAUUAAUAUAACAUUGUUUUAAUUUUGUAUAGCAAAGGAAAUUAAAAGUUGAGAGCCACAUAUAGUAACCAUUGUUAGAAAUAUCUCCAAUAUAAUGUGGCCUUUAACUUUUUACGUUACCAUUUUUUAGGUGCAGCAGAGGAGCAGAAAUGUGCAUUAUUUUUCUGUAUUUCUGUGAUAAUCCAACUCCUGAUGGGUAUCGUCUAAUCAUAGCUUCAAACAGAGAUGAAUUUUAUUCAAGACCAACUGCCUUUGCAAAGUUUUGGAGCAAAAAUCCCAGUGUUAUUGCAGGUUGGACCCUUUUUUCUCAUUUUCUGUUUUUGCUUUUGUAAUGACUGAAUCAUUUGCAUUUGUAACUCUCAAAAUUAGAGCACAUGAGGAGCUAAGGAAUCGUUCGUCAAGACAUGGUUCGUACUGUCUGGGAAAAAGUAUUGAAUUUUACUAGUCGUCUUGAAAAGUUCUUGAAUUCGGUUUAAGUCCUUGAAAAGUCCGCAAUUUCUUUAUUAGGCAUUGAAAAGUCCUUGAAAUUCACAACCUUGUCUUUGCCAGACACCUUUUUCUGUUAACUUAGAUUGUUUUGCCGGGGAAAAUUUGGCUCAUCCUCCACAUACAUGUAAGAACCUGUAAUAGUCACAGGUAAUGUAAUAAUUUUAAACAUUUUUGUGCAUGAACAAUAUUUUAUUUCUGUUUCUUUACUUCAAAUGCUGUUUCUGUACUACCUCAGAUGCAAUAUUAUUUCAAGUCGUACCCAGUCAUUUUGCAAAGUCUUGUUGCGGAAAGUAGUACGCAUAAAAAUGUGAUCACCAAUGGCCGAAGAAGUGAAAAUGAUAAAUGACUCCAUGAUAUGUUUUAGGUAAUAGGGUGAUGUACAAGAGGGUUAAAGAAUGCUGAUUAACUAUAUAAAUGUUGUAGUCCUUGAAAACUGUAAUUUGUCCUUGAAAAAUCUUUGAAAAGUGCUGGAAAUUUUUUUUUUUUGAAGUUGUGAGAACCAUGGCCAGAUGAAAGGAAAUGGAAACUGUUAUUUGUCCUGAAAAAUCCUUGAAAAGCCCUUGAAAUUUGUCUUUUGAAGUUGUAUGCACCAUGGCAAGAUAAAAGGAGAGAAGAAAAGAGAAAGGCUGUAGAUAUUUGGGUCAAAUUUUCUACAAUUUCACAUGUUAAUUGGCCUUAAAAUGCAAAGUUAAUAGAUUAAAUACCAUUAGAAAUUAAAGUGAUUGCUAUUCCAUUUUGUUCACGCAUUUGCCUCAGAGGAUUUUUGUUACAAAAUAGACCAUUUGAAGCUAUAUUACUCAAGCAGUUUCUUAACUAUCAACUGUAACCACCUCGAUGCUUGUUUGGGCUGGUACUUUAUUCCUGGUGCAGACAAAUACAAAACCAAAAUUUGAAGAUAGUAUUCACAUGAAGCAGUGUCACUGCAGGCUUCUCUAAAGUCAUCCUUUAUUAAUUGUUCCUUUUUCCACCUUUCUUCAUUUCUCUUUCUUUAAUCUUGUGUUUUUGUCAUGCUGGGCUUUUAUUAGGCUUCAUUCCUGUUGGAAACCUUUGUUACACAAAGGCCAGGCAUCCUAUUUUUUUUAUCUUGUUGUAAGUACAGGCAGCAGGUAGAUGUAGUUUGUGGAAAAAGAUGUUCAUGUAAAAUUUCCUGUUCAUUGUUUGCAAGGAGGUAUUUUCACCUCCUCUGGCAAAGACAUUUAGAAAUAAAAAUUCCAAAUUCAGAGCAAUUAAAUGGCAAUUUGAUAACAAAAUGAAUAUUUUAGUCUGAAUCACUUGGACUUCAUCAGUGUUGUGCAGGCUGUGCAGAGGUUUCAUUAAAAAGUUCAGUAGCCAGCUGGUUGGAAAAGAGUGUCUACUUGUAUCAACAAGGGGCCAUUAGUCCCCUUUUUCUAGGGGGGUUUGCAGGCAUGUUUCCUCAGAAUCUUUUGAAAUUCAAAGCCCUAAAAUUCGAUUUCUAGCAUUCUGGUUCUGGUGUUGUUUAUUAAAAAAAAUGUAGCUUUCAUUCCAGUUUCGAUUUAUGAGCUACACGAACAAUGCAAAGGAAAAUUAUGCAGUCUUCUCAUGAUUCCAUGAUGCAAUAAUUUGCGGUCUUUUGCGUGUAACGUGGCCAUUUUGGAUGCAUCAUGAGUGUUGGAGAUGAUUUUUCAACCUUUCGUAAGUGCUUGUUUGAUGGCUUGAAGUGAGUUUGUUUUGUUUCAUUUUUUUUAAUGGCACUGAAUUGAUAUACUGAGCAAAUUUUCCAAGCUAUUAAUGUGUAAUUAAUUGCCUUAUUUUCACGACAAAGAGAGCUGAAUUUUAAUGAUGAAGGUAUUAUCUUCACUAUCCUGGUCAGGUGCUUCAAGAAAUGUGUUACUUUCCUACUACAAUAUUCAAGAUUCUGUGAAACCAAAAUAAUUUUGGAAGAUGGGAAGGGAUAUAAUUUCAAGGAAUGACAAUGUACGUCGUUGUACCUCAACUCAAAAAUCGACAAAUCGAAAUUGGACAUGGCUGUUUUUACCCAUUGGCAAAUGACGGUGCGACUUCGCAAAGUUGUCACUUUUUCAGCACAGACCCACCCACGCAACAAAAUGUAGAGUGAAAAAUAUCCAUAAAAAUUAGGCUUAAAAAAUUAUCUCUGUAUGUAACUAGAAUAAUCAGUAAAACAUAUUUCAAAUAAAAUUCAGUAGCUGUAUAUCGAAAAGUGCCCAAAAACUCACCGAAAUCUCUCGGAGAAGUGAUGCGUGUAAUGUCAGUAGCAUAAAAGUGAACUUGGAUGUUUUUCUCUCAUGAUCAUGUUUUAAGCCAAUGUUAUGAAUGGCCAAACACAAAACAAUAGACAGAGAAAUAAUUUCUUGAAACAUUUUAUUGAAAAAAAAAUACUCUAGUUAAUCCUUAAAAGUAAUUCGUGGAACACUAACUAGAUCAUGGAUCUGUUCAUGCAAGUGAAAAUUCGCUGAGCACAGGGCAAAAUUCAACACAAAAUCAUGCCAUCUCCAAUCAGGGCACAUUUUGUAGUUUUUUCUUUAAACACUGAUAUCAAAAUGAAUUAAACGUCUAUGACACAUUCAUAAAUACAUAAAUUUCAUUUUAAAAAAGUAAUUUCCUUGAUCAUAGAGUAAAAAAUGUACCUCAAAAUUCUCCAUAACGUAGCUGCCUUGGUUGCAUUUCAAAACAGGUCUCGCAUUUCAAAACAGUGCUCAACCUUGAAGAAAACAAGGUUGAAUUCCUUGAAGAACAAUUUCAUAAUAAAAGCUUUCCUUUGCCCACAAAAAGAAAACUGAGCUUUCUUCUGAACUUUCUCCAUAACCUGUACAAUGAAUAGAAAUCUCACGCUGUCGAGUUUAUCCUAAAUUCGCCUGUUUGUCGGUAUUAAACAUAUAAAGCUUAAGCUUAAGCUUACUAACACCUCUCCACCAAAGAACUGACAAAAAUGAAAUGGCCGAAGACCACAUUCAGGGGUAAAAAUUGCAGAGAAAGUACUGUAAAGUCCAACUUGGUAUUCAAAUCUCAAGAGUGCAAAUAAAUCAUGUCUGUAUCUUCCCUGCAGAUGGGAGCUUGAUGGAGUUGUUUACUCAGUACAUCCAUCUUCAAAGUGAUGAUGUCACAAACCAAUUCGAUAAUAUAUGUUGGUGCAAUGCAUCAUGGGAGGACUGCAUAAUCCUCCUUUGAACAAUUCCUAGACCCUAUGAACAAAUGAUGAAAACUAAAUUAUUUACUUUGCAUGUAAACAAAUUCUGCGUAAACCUAUAAGAUAAACUUGUGAAAAAUUGACUGAAAUAUAGCAUUCACAUGACUAAAGCAUAGUGUAAAACCAGUUCAUUUAGUUUUUAUGAUAGUUGUAUUGUUUAUGACAUUAUUUAAACUAGUUGCUUUUCAGUUCUUCUAGAAAAAAGAAGCCGACUUCUCUGUAGCCUGUUCACAGACCCUCUAUUUUCUCUUAAAAGGCCGCCGAGUGUGUGUGAUAAAAAUAAAAACAGCGGGGAAUUAAAUGACCGCUAGCGCAUGAGGGCAGGGGUGGGGGAAGAAGAAAUUAGACAGUCUGUAGACAUCUUUGAAUACAACUACUGAAACUUGCUUUUCCCAAGAAAAGCAAAUUGCCAUUGGUUGAACUGAGAUUAUCCUGUCAUCAUUAUGUCAACGACUCACUAGAAGUGUUAGUCAAUGCCUGGACAUGAUCACUGCGACACUUACUAUAGUCAUUUGCCUAAAUAAAACAUAACUUUGAUUGAAAGCACCGCUGACUUGUGAACUUGGGAUGCAGUCAUACUACAAACUUGUGCUGACCAUGUCCUUUGUAUCUUUGUGAUUGGAAUUUAGAAGAUUGAAAUUGGCUUCACAAGUGUUUGGCACAGUUACUCAAAGAAGAGCAGCUUUAGGCUGUUUUGGGUUUACUGGAGUAAAAGCAUAAUGGCGGUUCUUACCACGGGUUUUGGGAAAAGUUUAAUUUACUUGUUGUUCGCAGCAGUGAAACUCAGUCUGUACCUUUACAGUAACAGGAUGAUUACCUAGAAUUAUCGACAUAUAAACAGAGCCCACAUAUCCUACAGUAAUCUGAGAGGCCAAUUUGUUUUGGCUUUGGACCUGUCUUAGCCGGCUUUUUCAGAGUUGAAGUAGACAUGCUUCAACAAAAGUACUAACAAAUCUGCAACUCUGGGUGUUAUUGUUUUUGCACAAGCAAUCUAUAUCUCCGAUAUCAUUAGUCCAAUUUAAUGGGUAUUUCGAACGUGGAAGUGAUAAUGAUAAGGCAUUGACAUGGGGGAGGGACUUUUAAAAUAUUACAGAUGUUUUUCAUUUUUUCUUUCUUGCUCGUUGUUGCACUUGGCAUUCCCUCUAGUGUGCUCGCCGAUUAUGAAAAAGAAAAUAAAGCAACGUAUGUGAACAUGCUCACUUCUCUGAGCAAAGUAGCCAACUGUCAGUGCUUAUUGAAAACCCUGGUUGUGUAACAGAAAAGUUAUGAAUCACCUGGAGAGUAUUAUAUUAAAUAGCUGUCUCAAUGCAGAUGAGGUACAAGUAAUUUAAACAAAAUAUUUGUUUCGUUAUUCAUCAUUUUGCUCCGAGCUUUGGAAUUUUCCUUUCUAAAUUUUCUGUUUAAGUUAUGUUUUUUACGUGUAAGAUUUUUUCCUCUUUGACAAAAUCCUAAACAUUUACAUCGUAGGUUGGUUUAGAAGAUCCCUUGAAUCUGCUUCACAAGGUCCCUGUCAAAGUUAUCCUUGUUUUGUACAUAGGGCCACUUAGAGUAGUUAAAGUUUGAAAGAGCGUGAGAUAACUACUGAUAUUUUGGGACAACACCACUAGUUUUCUUCACCAUACGUCAUCUAAGGAAACAACAAUGAUAAUAAUAAAUUACAUUUUUUGGAUUUCAUGUUGCAUUGCCUCAGUGCAUUUACAGAAAUAAAAAUCUAUCAUGGCCUUAGAUUACAAUAAAUAAAUAAAUAAAAAAAAAGAUAUACUAUAAUGCUAAAAAUGGUAAUAAAUGAUAUAAAGAAAUGCUGUAAGAAUGCGUCCUGAAAGAGAUGGGUCUGGAGUUUCCUUUUAUAAGAAUCUAAGGAACUGUCCGGUUGUUCCAAAGUUUAGGAGCAGCAACUGAAAAGAGCUCAGUCCUCAUAGGUGGAAGUGAAGGAUUUGGGGACAACUAGAAAGCCUUGAGUUGCAGAAUGCAAGGAUUGUGUGGGACAUAAGUUUCUAGCAACUGAGUCACUCAGAUAUUCCGGAGCGCAGCCAUUGAUGAUUUUUAUUUAAGCCAUUAUUCUGUCUUCAACAGGGAGCUUUUGCAGUUUUUGUGGUGAUGGAGUUAUGUGGUCUUGGGGUUACAUUUCAUAACUGAUCUUGCUGCAGAGUUCUGUUGGCGCUGUAAUUUGCUAAUCUCCUCAAGUAGCAAUCCAUACAGUAAACUAUUGCAAUAGAGAGUCUAGCUUUGAUGUAAUUAAGGUGUGAACUAGCCUGGUCAAGAUAUUUCCUAACUCUGCUGAUGUUUCUUAGAGCAAGAGAGGUGGAGCAACAUUGCUAGACAUAUAUAGCAAGAUGAUCGUCAAAAACUACUCCGAGAUUUCACGCUUCGUAACUUGUAGAUUCCACAUGCUGACUUAUGUUAAUACCAGCUAGUGGAGGCACACUUAUAAACCUAGAAUGAAAAUAGACAAUCUCAGUUUCAGAUUUACAGCAAAGUUUGUUAGCUACAAAAAAUGCGCGAAUAUCAGAAAUACCAUGUUUAAGUUUAGCUGAGCCCGUGUGUCUGCUAUUUUAUCUGGCUUUACAAUGACAUAGCGUUGUAAGUUGUCAGCAUACGUCAUGCAAUCAAGUUCAUGGGACUUAUUUACAUUCUCCAGAAAUUCCAAACUGGAAUAUAAGGUGAAGCAAAUGUCCCUUGCGGCAUGACUGGGUACCAGUCAGAUGUAAACAGUUCUAGAUAAAUUUAGUGGCAUCAUCAGCUUGAAAUUUCUGCUGUUCGUGAGACAUCAUUUUUUGGGGACAUUUUUGGUGGCAUUGCAAAAUUCCAACUGUUUUCUUGUGGAGUUAUAGGGUAGUUAAAACCAAGUCUGAAGGUUUAAUGAUUUCUACCUCACUUUGAACAGGUAUGGAUCUGGAAGCGGGCAGAGAAGGUGGUACCUGGCUUGGGAUGACCAAAGAUGGAAAAUUUGCAGCCAUCACAAACUAUAGACAAGCACCAAAGUUCACUGAUCCUAAUGCAACUGGAAGAGGACAUCUUGUACCAGAUUUUUUAGAGGGUGAUGGCAAUGUAAGAAAAUACCUGGAGAAUGUUAGUAGCAAUGCUGACAGGUACAAUGGUUUUAAUCUUUUGGCCGGAAUGUUGUCCAAAGGUGGAGACUCCAAAGUUGGAUGGUAUUGUAAUGUUGAGGAGAAAGCUGUUAAGAUGUUGAGUCCUGGAAUUCAUGUCUUGUCAAAUAAAGUACUUAACUGUUCCUGGCCAAAGAUGGUUUAUGGACGAAAAAGAUUUGCUGAUAUAUUAGGCCAAGUUUACACUAAACAGGAACUUAUUGAUAAGCUGAUUGGUCUUCUGACUGUGCGGGACAGGUUAGUUUAAUUCAGAUUAAUGUGAUAUUUGGUGCAAUGCUGUGAACAAAGCUAUGAUUCACAGUUCAAAGCUUCACAGCUCAAAGCCUUGCAUUAGGAGGUUAACGAUAUUGCUAUCAAUGAGAGGAUGAUCUUUAAAUCUUCAUAUUAGGUUCAUUUCAAGAUUAUGUUCUUUCUGAAGAGAAAUAGUAUUUGUUUUGAAUUUGGCCAUUAAGGUGAAUAAAACCAACUGCUCCUCUAUUUGACCGUUCUUUAUUUCACAACUUUCUUUUCUUCCACAAGAGCGACACAACACAAGUCACUUUCUGUUGAUUUUGAUGGAGUAGUCAUGCCAAUCAUGUGAGGAUGCAAGCCGCCAUGUGAUUUGUCUUUUCUAAUCUUGGCAAGAUGAAUUUCCUUCGCCUCUGAAAACCAUGCUAAAUCUAAGAAUUGAAACAUCUAGAUGGAAAUUUGCACUGGGAGAAUGGUGUUAAAAAAUGUUCAUGCCAUAAAGUAAGCAAAUGUGUAUGAAAUGGACCAAAGGUUAUUUCAAUUUAUUUUAGCCAGAGAUGAUUGCUGUUAACAAUAUGGUGGCCACAAAAACAUCCAUUCGACCCUUCCAAAGACAAGAUAUUUUAAAACAAUGAAACAAAUAACUGUUGUGUGAUGUUGGCAGGGUAAAGCAAAAGUCUAGCUAGUUUAAAAUACUCCUAUUCUCAAAUGGCUGUUCAUAACUUAUUCGGACACCUGCUGGCAACUAGCCUUGAAUUUCUGGUCACCAGCUCUCAAUGUUAUUUCCAGGCACGUUGGUGAUAAUUUUGAACCCCAUUGGUUUAUGCCACAUAUGAAUGAGAUUUCUUAUUUAUUUACAAAAUGACUUUUUAUAGUGAAGGGUAUGAAAUUGCAUCAAGAUAUAGUGUCUAAAAAGCCCUCUCAGUGUCAUAUAUGUAUGUGCUAUCUACAGCAUAUGGCAAAGUGAUAUGUAUGUUGUGGUAGCUGGCAGUUAAAAACAAUGCUGACAGAUUUUUAUUCCAUACAUUUUUAGAUCUUUCACUUGUGGUGAUGACACCAGUUUCAUUGGUCCCCAAGAUGAAGGAUGUAACAUGAAUAUGGUCAAUGCUUGCCGAGCAAUCUUUGUCAACUGCAAGGAAAUCAAAUAUGGAACAAGGUACAUUUGUACACAGUAGUCUAAAAUUACAUUGUUUUGAAUAUAUUGUAAAGCUUGUGGACUUUUGGUAAUGUUUAUUUAACUGGUUCAAUAACAGUAAAGUACUAAAUAGGACAUUAUUAACACUGUUGAUUAAGUUCAUGAGGUUAAAGCAAUUUAUGGAGGAUGGGGAAAGAGGGACCUUUUAAUUAUGGUAGAUUAAAAAAUAAAAUAAAAUAUAUUCUGUAUUAUUCUCUCCCCAUUAAUUAAGAGGGUCCACAUUAAUAGGUUUGGCUGGAUGCAGGAUUUGGUCAUUUUUUGGUGGUGAUAAUACAGAUGUAAGCUGAAGCAGGAAGUUGGAAUUUUAAUGAUCGGGAGUGGGAUUUCCAGUUUUUAUGGGUCUGGGUUGCAAGAAUUAUAAGGGAAAAGUGUAUAGCAGGAUAUGGGAAUUUUUUGUUGUCUUGCUUGCCCUAAUUUAAAGAUUUGACUGAAACCUAAAACUGCAAAAAAGUCUUUGGUGUUUUCCAAGAAUUUUCUUCUAAGCAAUCUUUUUGCUUCACCUUUGAUAAAGCCUCUUUUUGCUUCCUGGAGGGUGACUCAUGGUAAAGUAUGUAUGUUGAAAGGACUGUUGGUGGGCUUGUAGUGAGUUUUUCUUUGAAUCUUUCUCCUUUGAAAACCAGGGAAAGUUGUGUUUAGAUAUUAUGACUGGGAAUUUUGUGGCUGCAGAUGGAAUGCACUAGCUUGCAGACCAUAUACACAGUGUAUAGAUACUAAUCUUCUUAGUCCCAAAGGGGGAAAAUGUCAUUAAAUGCUACACCUGUACAUUUCCAUUAUCUUGACUCAGUAUCACUUUGUUUGUUUUUCAAAAAAGCAGGACUCAAAAUAACGAAGCUAACAAAUUUUUUUGGAACUGAUAUGUGAACAAAACAACAAGCAAAAACAGAAAAAAAUGCUACAGUUGCUUGUAGCCAUGUUUAGAAACUUCAACAUCAAAGCUCCCCCAGACCCCAUUGCAUAAAAUGAGUAUUUAACAAUGAAACUUGCAAAAACGUUUGUGCAGGAUCAGGAUUUAAUUAGAUGUAAGCGUCUCGUGUAUGGAAACUCUGUGUGCACUUAUUUACAAGAAUCGUCAAACAUUUCCAGAAAAGAAACUGCUAAAAUUUUCACGAAAUGGGUUCCAAAAAAACACACUUCUAGCUUCAUACGGAAGAGGGUUGAAAUGCACGCUGCAUAUAUUGGUUGUGCUCAGUAGCCAAUAGGAAAGCAGGAAUUUUUAAUCGUAGUAAUGUUCAAGGUCAAAGCUCAGUGGAAAGAACGGUUGUAAUGUUCUCGUCUUGACAAAGAACAAUUAAAAGUUGCUCUUGGUAAAGCAACUAAGCACAAAGCUGACAAAGCAACUCAUGAGGUUCACAUGGAGAACCAAAACCAUGGUCCAAUGCCUGAUCACAAAGUGGCGAAUAACAGAACAGUCCAAAGACUGAAAGUGAAGAAUGAUCAUCGCAGUAAAUUUUCCAAUUUACGCAAUUGGAAAGAAGAAGCCUGAAAAAAAAGUCAGGGCUUCAACAGGAUUCGAACCUGUGACCUCCGCGUUACCGGUGCGUUGCUCUACCAACUGAGCUAUGAAACCACACAUUGGGAGCGAGGUCAAUUUAUUGAUUUCAUAUAUCUCCCAUGAGGAGUGAAAUGAUGUGAAGUAUAUAUGAAAUAAUUCAUUUUUGAACUGCGGUUGUAGAUGAAAGUGAAGAAUGAUCAUUGCAGUAAAUUUUCCAAUUUAAGCAAUUGGAAAGAGGUCACGGGUUUGAAUCCCGUUGAAGCCCUGAUUUUUUUCUCAGGCUUCUUCUUUCCAAUUGCUUAAAUUGGAAAAUUUACUGCGAUGAUCAUCCUUGUCUUUCCUGGAUGGUUAAAGUGGCAUUUUGUUGAGUUUUGCAAUUGUAGGUACUAUCCACUAAAGAAGAAUUAAAAGCUGGCUACAAACAAAUGGAAUCUCCACGCGCCUUCACGCAAAGCGCUAUAAAUUCGGUAACGUGCGCUCUUGCUACUUGCUUGCUGGCUUCACAAAACCCUCUGCAACAGCACAAUAAUCACUCGCUCAUCAACAAACACUGUUGGCCUUUACGCUUCGAUAUGACUGCAAACUAUCAGGUCUAAUACGCCACGUGAAUAUUCAAGCUUAGCGACCGCGUCCGCACGACAAUGCAACACUUGCUAUGGGAGGGAUGGUACCAUUGCUUCUAGGUCAAUCGACACUGAGCGAUGGUCCCCUGUGUUAGUUUUGGCCAGAAAACAAAAGGCGAUCGUGCGACUGUCCGUAAGUUUUCAACGGGGCGGCCUUGGUUUUCAAGUUUGAAUUCUUCUAACGUUCGCUGUCACAGCUGCUGUCACAUUGUUCGUCCAGCCGCUUGCAUAGGUUCUUGACUCUACAAUUUGUUGUCCAAACUGGUGAGGGAGGCAAGGAUUUUCCGCCCAGGAAAAAGGCAAAAUCUGGCCUCGGCUAUACAGCUGAAUAGAAGAUACAGCUGAAGAUAUGGUAAAGUAAAAUUUAUGUGCGCGAUCUUUUAUUAUUAUUAUUAUUAUUAUUAUUUUCAAAACUCGGAGGCACCCAACGAUGAUUUCCUCCUAAAUGCAUUGAAAACACAUUUAAGGCUGUCCAGAGUACUUUCAAAUGCAUUCUAAGCGGCACUAAUACAUAAAUUUAGUCAGGAGGGCUAAAAGUGAAGCUCUUCAUAAUAUUUAUAGUUUGCCUGUGUGCAAACGUCUUCUAUUUCCAAGGAAAUAGGAGAUGUCUGCACGCAGGCAAUUUAUAGUUUGCUCAUACUAAACAUAAAAUCGUCUAAUGUUAAGCGGAGAAGGCAACGAGACAGGGGCACCCAAUGACUGUUUCCUCAAAUACAUUGAAAAUGCUUUUUAGCUAUUCAUAAAGUACUUUUAGCUCUAUAUAAAUGCAUUCCAAGUGUUGCUGUCAAAUUUGUAUCUCAAUGUUCGGCCAUUCUAGGAAAACUUGUGUCUUUUAGAAAUUAUGAGGAAAUCAGUAUUAUUUUCCUGAAAAUUUUAGAUGCAAUUUAACGUAUUACCAAGUAGAUAAUUUUUCAGAUUCCUUCUUUCAUCACAUUUUUGAAUCCAAAAAUUUUAGGAUUCCUUUUUACUCCCUACAAAAAAUAGCCAAACCUGGGGAGUGAAAUGUGGAAAAUUAAACUUUAGAAAAUCGUAGGGAAUUUAUUAGCAAGAUUAGAUGAGCUUCGAAAAUUGUACAUGAAUGGAAUGGUCAUCUAAAAAUUUUUAGCCAAGUGAAAGAAAAUUCUAGGCACAAUUUGCUUCUCCAAACAGAUAUUUUACAGAAAACAGUUGUUGGAUGCCCUUGACCAGAACUGUGAAAAACAACAAUAGGUCUAAUUGCAGCACACUUUCUUGUUCAUUUUCUUGCCGUUGAUUUGCAUGACUGCAAUGUGAAACGUCCAGCAAACUGUGUGGUACAUGUACUUGUCUGUACAUGUUCUCUGUGAACAUGUUCUUGUUCACAUUUUCCACUGCCGCUUAUUUUUUUUAGCUCCACAAUAAAAUUUGUAUCUGUUCGGUGAUCCUAGGGUAAAUUGGAUCUUUUUGAAAAUUACGAGGGUAGCCUGCGUAGCAGGCGUCGAAAGGGGUAGGGGAUAGGGGAUAGGGAGGAAGGCUAUUACGAGGGCUUCAAUAUUAUUUUCCCGAUUGAUUGACCUAGAAGCAAUAGUACCAUCCCUUCCAUAGCAAGUGUUGCAUUGUUGCGCGGACGAGGUUGCUAAGCUUGAAUAUUCACGUCGCGUAUUAAACCUGGUAGUUUGUGGUCAUAUCGAAGUGUAAAGGUCAACAGUGUUUGUUGAUGAGCAAGCGAUUAUUGUGCAGUUGCAAUGGGUUUUGUGGAGCCAAUGAGCAAGAAGCAGGAGCACACGUUACCUGCAGACUAGCUGAUGGCAAUUUGGAGCGGAUUCGUUGAUUAUUCUCGAAUUUAUAGCGCUUCGCGUGAAGGCGCGUGGAGAUGGUCCGUUUGUUUUGUAGCCAGCCUUUAAAAAUAUUCUUCUUUAGUGGAUAGUACCUACAAUUGCAAAACUCAACAAAAUGGCACUUUAACUGGCCAGGAAAGACAAGGAUACGUUCAGUUAAAGGUAUCCUAGCUUUGUUUUGUUAUAUUUUGACUUUUGGACUAUUUUAGUUCAUGGGAGUUUUGACGACUCAUCCUAUUUUGUCCAUGUGAAUAUUAACAUAUUCAUUUGACACAUACUACGUCUGGGCCACCCGUGGUAAAACUGGCUAAAAUCACAUUUUCUCAGUCAAAAUGUAGAACCUUCCAGAGCAUAAUCUACCCAGCAGAGGAAAAAACGUAUUGUAACAAGCAGCAUGUUGGCCUUAGGUAAAAGUCUUGUAGGUCUGUUGCCCUCUUUUAUUAGUAUUAUUAACCCUAACAAAUUCAGUGAAGGUGGGAAUUUGGUGGGAUUUGAGAACCCUAUUGUUGACCAUCACAGUGGGCUUUCCAGGGAUAAAUAAAUGAAACAAAAUUGAUCAUUCAAAUGGAACUGUUGGAAGGAGGCAAGUCAGUUGGUUGCCAAGGUUUUGAAUUCAGGACUACUCAGAACAAAUCCAGCCAUUAGACGUCAGGGUGAGACUUGAACUGGGUGCCCUGUGUUCUAUAGCGGUGCAUGGGUCUAAAAUACAGGUCACUUUUCCACAAGUUUGAGUACAGGUCACCAUGAUAAAGAUAAAUGAAUAGCAUUAAAAGUGUCUCCUAGCUCUAUUAGAUUGAGGGGAAUCUGCGUGGUUUGGUAAUUUAUCAAUGAAGCAGUGACCUGUACCAUUGACCUGUGGAAUGUGACUGACCUGUACUCUAGACCCAACUGUUUUAUAGUAACUGCAUGGCCAACAUGUUGCCUCUGCACAUACAUUUAUCGGUUAAAGCAUAAUUCUUGGGUGUCAUUUUAGGACAAACACUGUGGUGUUGGUAGAUGCUGUUGGUCAUGUCACAUAUGUGGAACGUUCUAUGGAAGAUGGUGCUACUGAUCCAGAUAAGGCUGAGUGGAGACUGGCAACCCAUGAAUUUGAUAUCCAGGAAAAAAAUGACUGUACAGGAACAGGGUUUUUACUGGAUACAACAGCUAAGGAAAACAUUCCAAAGAAAUUGGUAGAAAACAUUACUAAUUCCAAAGCAGCUGCAAGGGAUGAUCAAGAGCACUUUAGAAAAGCUGCAAAGAAGAGGCCAUUAACAAAUGGAUGCAGCAGAUCAGCGAUGGAACCAGCAGAUAAAGUUACUAUGCAGGAGAAAAAAGAAUGAAUAUAAUUUAUAGUGGUUGUUGAAAAUAUAUUAUUGAAGUAAAGUUUGCCUUUAUAUUUAAAAAGAUGUUAUAACUGAUAUGAUGGUUAUUAAGAUAAAGUUUUAAAAGAAAGGACUGUGGUGCAAAAAUAUAUAUACAGUAUUUAAAUUAGUAAUAUUUUGGGAACUGUUUUAUUGCCACAAUGAUUACGGUUGAUGUUUUCUCUUUUUAUUGUUAUGGAUCUUAGCAUCUAAAGAUAAGACAAUUCUCUGUGUGAGUUUAUAGAGAUGGCUCCAUUAAAGCAUCCCUUGGAGAAAGUGCAAAAUGUCUUUGGUGUUUACUUUGUCCAGAAAAAUUAUGUCUGAUUACAGUUAACAUUUUAAUCACUGCCUAUUUUCAAACCAAGCUAAAAAAGGGAGGAUGGCUAAGAGUCAAUGUUUUAUGUGUCAGGAUUAUCAACCUAUAAAGACCCGGCACAUUGUCAGAAAGAGCACACCAAGCUACCGGUAUACAAAUCUUCAUUAUUGAACAAGAUAAAGCUAUUUAAAAACUUGAUUUUACUACACAGUGAACAGACGUUUUUUAUUUCUUCCUAAAUUUUUUAGUUUUAAAUACCUGUUAUUGUUCAAUGUUAGCCUCACUGAUGAAUACCAAAUAUGAGGUAUUUAAUAUAAAUCUGAGUUUCCUCUUUGUAGGCAGGGGUAAGUGGGUGUUGUCUCAUGCUUAGACCGCUUUGGUUUGUUGUUAGGCAUCAAGGGACUGUUAUUCGUUACAAGAAGUCCAGAUAUGCUAACCCUAAGAUACAGGAGACCUGUGGG